ACUGCGCUAAGGUCACUUCCAUUCGGGAUCUACCCAUCGUCCAAGUGUGCUUCGGACCGAAUCCAGUAACAGCAAACCGGGUGCUUCUAAAACAGCCACAAUGUCUCUCUCUACUAAACUCACACUUGACAAGGUGGACGUCAAGGGCAAGCGAGUCAUCAUGAGGGUUGACUUCAACGUGCCAAUGUCGGGCAAGAACAUCACCAACAACCAGAGGAUCAAAGCCGCAGUCCCCACCAUCAAGCACUGCCUGGACAACGGGGCCAAGGCCGUGGUGCUCAUGAGCCACUUGGGUCGUCCCGACGGAACCCCCAUGCCCGACAAAUACUCCCUGGAGCCCACGGUGGCUGAGCUGAAGGCACUGCUGGGAAAGGACGUGACCUUCCUGAAGGACUGCGUGGGCCCCGAGGUGGAGAAGGCCUGUGCGGACCCCGCCCCCGGCUCCGUCAUCCUCCUGGAGAACCUCCGCUUCCACGUCGCCGAGGAGGGCAAGGGCAAGGACGCCGCCGGAAACAAGACCAAAGCCACUCAGGCAGAGAUCGACAGCUUCCGGGCGUCUCUGUCCAAACUGGGCGACGUGUACGUCAACGACGCCUUCGGUACCGCCCACCGUGGCCACAGCUCCAUGGUCGGUGUGAACCUGCCCCAGAAAGCCGCCGGCUUCCUGAUGAAGAAGGAGCUGGACUACUUCGCCAUGGCUCUGGAGAAACCUCAGCGGCCGUUCCUGGCCAUCCUCGGAGGGGCCAAGGUGAAGGACAAGAUCCAGCUGAUCAACAACAUGCUGGACCAGGUCAACGAGAUGAUCAUUGGCGGAGGCAUGGCCUUCACCUUCCUCAAAGUCCUGAACAACAUGGAGAUCGGCACGUCUCUCUACGACGAGGAGGGUGCCAAGAUCGUCAAGGACCUGAUGGCCAAGGCGGAGAAGAACGGCGUCAAGAUCAACCUGCCCGUCGACUUCGUCACCGCCGACAAUUUCGACCAGAACGCCACCAAGGGAACGGCGACCGUGGCGGCCGGCAUCCCGGCAGGCUGGAUGGGUUUGGACUGCGGGCCGGAGACCUCCAAGCUCUUCGCUGAGGCUGUGGGCCGCGCCAAGCAGAUCGUGUGGAACGGCCCCGUGGGCGUGUUCGAGUGGGACGCCUUCGCCAACGGCACCAAGAACAUGAUGGACAAGGUGGUGGAGGUCACCAAGACGGGCUGCAUCACCAUCAUCGGUGGGGGCGACACUGCCACCUGCUGCGCCAAAUGGAACACGGAGGACAAGGUCAGCCACGUCAGCACCGGGGGCGGAGCCAGCCUGGAGCUGUUGGAGGGUAAGGUUCUCCCAGGUGUGGAGGCCCUGAGCAGUGCCUAAACACCCCCCCCGAGUCGAUCCGGGAGAGGGGGUGCGGCGACGGGAACCGUUUUCUCUUCCACAUGGAAAGGGGCUGUAACUCCAACCAUCUCCUCUGCCCCCCUGAGGAAGACUCUCCCGUUGUCUCUUGUCUCUUCGUUCACUGAGCCUCGCUAGCUAGCAGUGUCUUCAACUUAACCGGUCACUUCGUCUUGAAUCCUGUCUGUAGUCUUCCUCGCGCCCCCCCCCCCCCCCCCCCUUGUUGAAAUGCUGGUGAAAAACCGAAGUGUGUCGUGACGCCAUCUUAAGACUCAAUGGCGGAAUGAGGGGGUGUUUUAAGACCUGGGAGACUUUAGGACCUUUCAAGAUGAUGUUAAGUGUGUUAAGACGGCCUUCGACCACAACAGACACGCACCUCACACAUGCCACAUCCAGGUGAAGUUGGGUUCAGAUCUCGUGUUAAACUACUGUAUGAGCAGCUGAAAUACCAUUGACACCCAACCAAAGCACCAAUACCGUUUUCUUGUUUUGUUUGUUCCCUACUCGUGCACUUUCCACAUACAACGCAGUGUUCGAGGCAGGUGUUGAUUGGUCAUUUGGAGCUGUUCACUCUCACGAAGAGAUCUGAACCCUAAGUUCCCUGCACUUAUAAUUGUGUGAUUGUGUGUACUACCUUGCGUGUGUGCAUCUGUUUUGUGUGAAUCUCAGUGUCUAGCUUGGCUUUGCCUUAGAGAACACAUAACUGCGCCCUCAUCAUUGAUGUCUAAUACACCUGGUUAUUAUUAUGCAACGGUUUGGUUGUUUUUCACACAUUAUUUCUCCUUGUCAACAGCUCUGUGACCAAUCUCUGUCCCUGGCCCCUAUUGGAUAGUUGGAUGUUUAUUUUGGGCAAAUCAAAAGAGGGCGCAAUCUCCGACUGGUAUGCAACCUUGAGCUAAGAUGUAGUUGUGGGAAAUAAAAAAAGAAAAAUGUUCUGUAAAA